UUCUCCCCUUGGGUCUGUUUCCCUCUCAGUCAGUGUGACAGACUCUGUAGCCAGCGCAGUGUUCCAGACCAUGUUGACCGUGAGUCACAGAAAACGUCCGAAACUCUGCAAACAGCUUCUCAAACGCAUCAUGGGGUACCUGACGAGUCGUAGCGCCGCUCCAGGAGUGAGUCCCCUUCUGGUCUUUCUCAAAGACCAGGCCUCCAGCCACCUUGUUGAGAUGAUCAUACAGCUUUCCCACAAGGCCCUCCUCCGGGACCUCUACAAGAACCACCUCAAGGGUCACCUGGUUGACCUCGCCCUCCAUUCUAUCGCCAACUUCCCCAUCCAGAGGCUAACCGCAGCCUCGGCCAAACACACAAUGUUCUUGAAGUUGUUUGAUGAGUUGAUCCAAGGCGUGGAGGCCAUCUUGGCCGCGGGACACAUGGGUGUGAUUGUCCAACUGGCCGAGAGCUGUGCAGAAAGUGGAGAGAAACAGGAAGACAUGAUUCAGUGCCUCCUCCGUGCCUUCCACUGCGCUGAGCCCGGCACCCGCCACGUCAGCUGCCUCCCUCUCUUCAUGUCUCUGAUGACCUAUGAGGUGUAUUACCACUCUGAGACAGCAGAGGGCAACAUCCAGACAGAGGUCCCCCUGACCUCCAUCUGUUACCAUGGCUCCCGGCUGGUCCAGUCGCUGGCUAAGUUCAAGGAGCGCUCACUCCUCCUGAGCAGCCUGCGCACUCAGACCCCUGCUGACCUCCUGACGCUGGCCUCGGACCCCGCAGGCAGCCACGUCCUGCAGGCCCUCAUCACCACCUCCAGCGACAAGGGGAGGGGCAAGAUCCUGAAGAGACUGGAGGUACCACUACAGGGGCAUUAUGGGAAUAUUAAAGAAAAAAAAGCUGCCACAACAUGAGAAUCUUUCCUUUGAGCUGCUGGCAGUUACCAUUCGCAGUUUCCUACGUCGGACCACUGAUAUAAACUGUUCUUAUUUUUUGAUGUAUUGA